AUGGCCCAGAGAGGAGCCACCGGAGCCACCACACGCACAGACCUGCCCAGGCUAAAGCAGCCGGUGGAUCUGGGGCUCCUGGAGGAGGAUGACGAGUUUGAGGAGUUCCCGGCUGAAGAUUGGACUGGUUUAGAUGAAGACGAAGAUGCGCACGUCUGGGAAGACAAUUGGGAUGAUGACAAUGUCGAGGAUGAUUUCUCCAAUCAGUUAAGAGCUGAAUUAGAAAAACAUGGAUACAAGAUGGAAACCUCAUAGUUUUUGCUGAAUAUGGAGUGGUUUAACAUUGAACUGUGGACUGACUGUACGGAGAAAAGAAGAAAAGGUGGCAAAUGAGAAGACACUCUUGGUUCAUUAUCUGCUUGGAUUUAUUAUUGUUUUGUAUAAAAAAAUAAAGUUUUUAAUCUUAGCUUCCUCCUA